AUGCGUGUUGCGCCGGGCGAGUUUCUCGCGCGCCUCACGGCGUUGUUUGACGGGGCACAAGAAAAGCACUCGGUGUAUGUGACUACGAAAAAGAGCGACAGCAGCGCGCUGCUGUUCCGCGCGACCGACGGCCAGAGCGCCGAAAAAAAGAAAUACAGCACGGUGGUGCCUCCUACAGAGAUCGUCGCGUUCCAGGAAGAAUACCUCACACUUAUGCGCACGCACCUCGCCAAUAUGCUCAAGAAGCGCGACAAGGCAAAGGAGCGCCGUGUCGAUAAGCUGCUCGUCGCCUCGCGCAAGCGCAUCGAGGAGAACGACGGAAAAGUCCGCAUUGCCGGCUCCAAACGUGGCGCAGGACGCCGGAAACGCAUGCGCGCGCUGCACCGUGCCCAGCGCCUCCGCACUCAGCGGCGCGCCGCCGGUCACGCGUCUUCGUAG